CGAUCUUGCAGUUCCUCUUUUAAGCUGAAAGUGGUGCGUGUUUCUGCUUAAUACGUCCUGUGAGCUGUGGGGAGUUCAGGCAAGGUCAGAAGUCCCGACAUGGGUAUAGUGACCUGUGAUGAUGUGCAUGUGAACUUCACUCAGGAAGAGUGGGCUUUGCUGGAUCCUUCUCAGAAGAGUCUCUACAAAGAUGUGAUGCGGGAGACAUAUAAGAAUCUUACUGCAAUAGGCUAUAUUUGGGAAGAUGAUAAUAUUGAAAAACAUCUUCAAAGUUCUAGAAGAUAUGAAAGUCAUCUUCAAGUACAUAGAAGAACAUAUACUGGAGAGAAACCUUUCCAAUGUAACCAGUGUGGUAAAAGCUUUGCAAGAAAUAGUGGCCUUCGAGUACAUAGAAGAACACAUACUGGAGAGAAACCUUUUGAAUGUAACCAAUGUGGUAAAGCCUUUACAAUAAAUCGUUAUCUUCAACUACAUAGAAGAACACAUACCGGAGAGAAACGUUUCCAAUGUAACCAGUGCCAUAAAAGGUUUACAACAAAUAGUGGCCUUCAACUACAUAGAAGAAUACAUACUGGAGAGAAACCUUUUGAAUGUAACCAAUGUGGCAAAGCCUUUGCCAGAAACAGUUAUCUUCAAAUACAUAGAAGAACACAUACUGGAGAGAAACCUUUCGAAUGCAACCAAUGUGGUAAAGCCUUUACUACAAAUCGUUAUCUUCAAAUACAUAGAAGAACACAUACUGGAGAGCACCCUUUUGAAUGUAACCAAUGUGGUAAAACCUUUGCAGUAAAGUGUAGUCUCGUAAGACAUAAAGGAAUACAUACUGGAGAGAAACCCUUUGAAUGUAACCAGUGUGGUAAAGCCUUUGCACAAAACAGUUAUCUUCAAAUACAUAGAAGAACACAUACAGGAGAGAAACCUUUCGAAUGUAAGCAAUGUGGCAAAGCCUAUGCAAGCAAAGGUCACCUUCAACUACAUAGAAGAACACAUACUGGAGAGAAACCUUUUGAAUGUAACCAAUGUGGUAAAGCCUUUACAACAAAUGGUAAUUUUCAAAUACAUAGAAGAACACAUACUGGAGAGAAACCUUUCCAAUGUAACCAAUGUGGUAAAGGCUUUGCAAGAAAUAGUGGACUUCAGUUACAUAGAACAAAACAUACUGGAGAGAAACCUUUUGAAUGUAACGAAUGUGGUAAAGGCUUUGCAAGAAACAGUCAUCUUCAAAUUCAUAGAAGAGCACAUACUGGAGAGAAACCUUUCGUAUGUAACCAAUGUGGUAAAGGCUUUGCAAGAAGAGAUUAUCUUCAACUACAUAAAAGAGCACAUACUGGAGAGAAACCUUUCAAAUGUAAGCAAUGUGGUAAAGCCUUUGCAAGAAAAAGUGACCUUCAGGUACAUAGAAGAACACAUACUGGAGAGAAACCUUUUGAAUGUAGCCAAUGUGGCAAAGCCUUUGCAAGGAACAGUUAUCUUCAAAUGCAUAGAAGAACACAUACUGGAGAGAAACCUUUCGAAUGCAACCAAUGUGGUAAAGCCUUUACUACAAAUCGUUAUCUUCAAAUACAUAGAAGAACACAUAGUAGAGACCAUCCUUUUGAAUGUAACCAAUGUGGCAAAACCUUUGCAGUAAACUGUAGUCUCGUAAGGCAUAAAGGAAUACAUACUGGAGAGAAACCCUUUGAAUGUAAACAGUGUGAUAAAACUUUUGCAACAAACAGUUAUCUUUAAAUAUAUAGAAGAACACGUAGAGGAGAGAAACUUUUUGAAUGUAACCAGUAUGAUAAAGCCUUUGCACAAAACAGUCAUCUUAAACAACAUAGAAGAACACAUAUUGGACAGAAACCCUAUGAGUGUCAUCAAUGUGGCAAAGCAUUUUAAGGUCAAUCUGGUCUCAUAUAUCAUAACAGAACACAUAACACACCCAGGAGAGAAACCCCAUGAAUGCAAUCAAUGGUGUUAAGAAUUUUUUGUCCUUGUAUAAUAACUGCAUAGUAUUCCAUUGUAUAAAUGAAAAUUUUUCUUUACAAAUUAAUCUGUUGAGGGACAUCUGGAUGGUUUCCAGUUUCUAGUCUUAUAAAUAAAGCUCUUUAACCCAGU